UUAAGGUUGUCAAUAUUUGAUAUCCAAACGAGAGCUCGACAACAAUCGGAAUACUCCAGCUUUAAUGGUUGCGCUAGUUAUUUAAAAUAUGAUAAUGAUAAGAUUAAGGCUCAGCACUUAUAUAUAAAUAUCAGUGGAAUAUUUUGGUCAAUCAUUGUUAUAGAAGAUUUAACAGUACGAUUUUAUGUGUACCUACAUUGAACAGAAGUCCGAGUAAAGUGACUGCUUAUAAUAAAAAACGGCAUUAUAAAGUUGACUUAAAUGUUUAAGAUUUAACCAUUUAUACGGACUUCCAUCUACUAGCCUUCAAGUUUACAUAUAAAAGCGUAUGCAAGAUGCGUACGCUUAUUUUCAUGUGAUAUGAUAUCUAGAUUUUUAUAAACGUAUAUUACAAAAAAGGAAAAAAGAACGAAUCCUUACCAUGAUUUAUUGAUUAUAUUGGAUUUUAGACGGAUACUUCAAUCAAAUCAAUGGAUUAAAGAAUUUGAGUAACAUAGAUGUAAAAUUAAUACAACACUUUUGGCUAUGUACUUUAACUCAACUUCUUUAUUAUAAAAAGUGAACACUGUUUACUCUUGGGCAAUAGAGGCGAAACUAUUUACUUUAUAAUCAAUGACGGCGCAGAUGUUCUGUGUUAAACAUGUGAUCAAUAAAGCGUGCAAUGUGUACACUCUUUUAUUCAGCUAGUGAUAUUUCAUUUAUCAGAUCGAUGUAAGCUUUAUGGAAAUUAACAGAUGUUGGUGAAUGUUUUAACUUAACGAUGUUUCAACAUAUCGUGUACCGAGAACUGGGCAUUAUCCAAACGUGCUUAUGGAUAAGUAUUGUCUAUUUUACCCGUGGAGAAGUGGAGAUUCUCAAACAAUGUAACUGUAAAGUUGACUUACAGAGGUUAACUGUAGAUUGCUCGAAAUUAGGACUUACAAAUGUAUCUGAUAUAUUCAGCUGUGUUCCUAAGAAUACUAUAGAACUUAAUUUAUCCAAUAAUAAUAUAGGAGAAAUUUCACCUGGAACAUUUGCAAGAUUUUCAACUUUACAAACACUGACGCUUAGUCGUAAUAAAAUCAAAUUCUUAGAAAGUGGAGUUUUCAACGGUCUAAUGCAAUUAAAACUAUUAUCAUUGGAUUAUAACUAUUUAAACAAGAAUAAUUCGUACGCAGACGAUUUGUUUAAACCAUUAAGAAGACUCCUCCAAUUGUUUUUACAAGGAAAUUGUGACGUACAUACCAGUGUUUGUUAUUAUCCGGACAUUGCUUUGUCGUCUGCAACUUCUCUGAGAUAUCUUCAUUUAGACGGUAUACCAAAUACAGAAUUUAGCGAGGGAUUUGCUAAGUUAACAAAUCUAAAUACCUUGUAUUUAGAUGAUGAAAAUGGAUUUUGCAAUAUGCCUGUUUUAACGGAAAAUACCUUCAAACAAUUCAAACAAACCCCUUUAUCUUAUUUACAUCUUGAAGGAUGUGACGUCAUAAAAGUAGCUCCAAACGUAUUCAGAAGUUUGAUAAAUCUUACAACAUUAGUAGUAACGGAUAAUCGAUAUCUUUGUUCAGAUGGGAUAGAAAACGCUACCAUUGGACUAAAUGAAACAAAUAUAGAAAUGAUACGAUUCAACUACUGGUGUAGAAACCCGUCAACUUAUAUAAAUUUGGAAGAAAAUAUGCUGAAAGGGCUUACAAACACCUCACUUAAAACACUGGACCUCGGUUGGAAUAGAAUAAUUUACAUAGAUCCUAAAUGUGUUGAAAAUCUUCCCGUUACUCUCAGAUAUAUAUCUCUAAAGGAAAACAAAAUUGAUUCGGGAAAUUUCCUGGACCAUUUCAGGAGAUUGGAUAUUUUAGAGAUAUUCGAUGUAAGUUAUCAAUACAACAACAAUAUCGACGACUCUGUUUUUACAAAUGAAUACAACAACACGAAUGAAAAAAUAAGCGAUAUGCUAGAAAAUUUGAAUGAUCAUAAAAAUGACGACAAAAUUUAUCUACCAAGAAAUUUGACGACAGUUUACAUGAAUAACAUCAAAUUAGGAUACCCUGUGCCAUCUUUGACAUUUGGACCAAAUAAAUUAAAAUAUUUAGAUUCUUCGAGCUGUUUAUUAAAAGCUUUCCUUGGACCUUGGCGUGGAUUAACAGAACUUCAAUUUUACAACUUGUCAUACAAUAGAUUCACGUACUUCAGUCCACGUACUCUUGUCGACAUGGGGAACCUUAGAAUACUUCUGUUACAAAACAAUCAGAUUGGCCCUUCUCUAAACAGAGACAAUGAUUGCCAAACUUUUUCGAGUCAGGAAAAACUAGAAGAAUUAGAUCUAAGUAACAAUGCAAUAAAAGAACUUCCUUACAAAAUAUUUCAUAAUUUGACAAAUUUAAAAACUCUGAAUUUAGCUAACAAUUCGAUAAGAAACGUAAAUUUCUUGUUACGUCAUAUGGCGCAACUUCAAUCGCUAGAUUUGUCUAAUAAUGUAAUAGAAUAUAUAUCUAGAGAAAAUAUCGAUGCGCUUGACCACAUAGCAUCAAAAAGGGAAGUAGAACUUGUUUUAACCGGAAACGUUCUGUUAUGCGUUUGUAACAAUCAAGAUUUUAUUAAUUGGCUUGCCAAAACAAAAGUUAAUAUCGUUCAAAAACACGAACUUCAUUGCUUAUAUAUCAAUAAAACUGUGAUAAGUUUAUCGGCGAUUGACAUUUUACCAGAACAACUGAUGUAUGAAUGCACGUCAUGGAUAGUGCUGACGUCAUGUGUGGUCGGUUUUGUCGGAUUAUUACUUGUGUUUUCAGUUAUAGCAUUACUUUAUUAUAAGCGUUGGCAAUUACGUUAUCUGUGGUAUAUAGGGAGAGUCAAAAUAGACCCAUAUCACCAUCCGGAUGAUCAAGAACAACCUCUGCUUCAAAUAGACGCUUACAUUUCAUACGAACAGCAUUUUGACAUCAGCAAUGAUGUAACAUUGCAUAGAACAAUUACAGAACAAGUAUACCCAUUCUUGGAAAACCGAGGGUACAAAUUAACAAUUCGCGAGGAAUUUGAUGGCAAUGAAAAAUUAUACAGUGUCAUACCAAAAACUAUCCGUAAAAGUCGUAAAGUCAUCGCACUAUUGACUCAAUCUUACUGUAAAGACUAUUGGAACACCUUUGAGUUUAAUUUAGCUGCAUAUCAGGGCAUAUACUCAAAACGGAAUAUCAUUUUGCCUGUUAUAAUAGGUGAUAUUUCUAAUAUAGAUAUGACGUCAGAGAUUCGUUCAUUCAUACGGACAAAAAUUAAAUCAAAGGAGGUUUUGUGGUACCCGUUGCCUGGUAAUUUUUAUCGUAACAUAAAUUCAUUUAAUGAGCAGCUUGAAGACUGGCUCCGACGAUAAUAUCUUCGGAUUAGUUAAGAGUUGGUUUCCCUGCAAGGAGUGAAGUCAAACUUAUAACUCUAUUAUCUAAUAAAAAAUAUUUGACUUAAAAAAUUUACACAGACGGACAUAAACAUGAUGACGAAAGUCCCUAAUA